AUUUGAGCGCGCUUCCUUUUCUGCGGAGCAUUUUGAUCCCUGCCGCCCACCAUAGGUGGCAUCGCUGAUUGGUUGGUUCCGAUCAUGUGACUUGCCCUCGCACCGUGCCAAGAUGGCGGCGCCCAGGUCCUAACCUGGGGAACGUGUACCGAAAUUAAGUCGGUUCUCAGCACCGCAGGAAAAGUCUCAGUAGAGCCCGCUUCAUGGAGGGGCAUCGCCAAGGGCCGCCGAGUCCAGCCGCGAUGGAGAACGGUACCGAGCCCCGCACAGAAGAGCGCCCCCCUGAGGCCCAGGAAACAACAGUCGCAGAGGGGGCCGCCAGGAUCGCCUUCCCCAGCGCCAACGAGGUCUUCUACAACCUACAGGAGUUCAACCGGGACCUGACGUGCGCUGUGAUCACUGAGUUUGCCCGCCUUCAGCUUGGGGCCAAAGGAAUCCAGAUCAAGGUACCAGGGGAGAAAGAGGUGCAAAAGGUGGUUGUGGACUUAUCGGAGCAAAAGGAGGAAAAGACCGAACCGGAAGACGGUGAAAACCUGGCCCCAGGAGACCAACCUCGAACGGCUGCUGUGGGGGAGAUCUGUGAGGGAGGCCUACGGGUACUAGAGGGCCUUGCCGCUUCCGGCUUGCGCUCUAUCCGCUUCGCCCGGGAGGUGCCCGGGCUGCAGUCGGUGCUUGCCAACGACGCCUCUGCCCGGGCCGUGGAUCUGAUACGCCGGAAUGUGCAGCUCAAUGAUGUGGGCCACCUGGUACAGCCCAGCCAGGCAGAUGCCCGGAUGCUGAUGUACCAGCACCAGAAGGUAGCAGAGCGGUUUGACGUCAUCGACCUGGACCCCUACGGCAGCCCCGCCUCCUUCCUGGACGCCGCCGUGCAGGCUGUGAGUGAAGGAGGGCUGCUGUGCGUGACCUGCACGGACAUGGCGGUGCUGGCCGGGAACAGCGGCGAGACCUGCUACAGCAAGUACGGGGCCAUGGCCCUCAAGAGCCGGGCCUGCCACGAAAUGGCCCUGCGCAUCGUGCUGCACAGCCUGGACCUCCGGGCCAACUGCUACCAGCGCUUCGUGGUGCCGCUGCUCAGCGUCAGCGCCGACUUCUACGUGCGCGUGUUCGUGCGCGUGUUCACGGGCCAGGCCAAGGUCAAGGCCUCGGCCAGCAAGCAGGCGCUGGUGUUCCAGUGUGUGGGGUGCGGGGCCUUCUACCUUCAGCGCCUCGGCAAAGCAGCGGGGGCCCCCGGCGGCCGGGUCAAGUUCUCUGCAGCUUGCGGACCCCCCGUGACCCCCGAAUGUGAGCACUGUGGGCAGCGACACCAGCUCGGGGGCCCCAUGUGGGCAGAGCCCAUCCACGACCUGGACUUCGUGGGCCGCGUCCUGGAGGCCGUGAGCGCCAACCCCGGCCGCUUCCACACCUCGGAGCGGAUCCGGGGCGUGCUGAGCGUGGUGAGCGAGGAGCUGCCGGACGUGCCGCUGUACUACACGCUGGACCAGCUGAGCAGCACGAUCCGCUGCAGCACGCCCAGCCUCCUGCAGCUGCGGUCCGCUCUCCUCCACGCUGGCUUCCGGGUCUCGCUCUCCCACGCCUGUAAGAACGCCGUGAAGACAGACGCCCCGGCCUCGGCCGUCUGGGACAUCAUGCGCUGCUGGGAGAAGGAGUGCCCGGUGAAACGGGAGCGGCUGUCAGAGACCAGCCCCGCCUGGCGCAUUCUCAGCGUGGAGCCCAAGCUGCAGGCCAACUUCACCAUCCGCGAGGACGCCAACCCCAGCUCCCGCCAGCGAGGACUCAAACGCUUCCAGGCCAACCCGGAGGCCAACUGGGGUCCCCGGCCACGUGCCCGGCCUGGGGGCAAGGCGGCGGGGGAAGCUAUGCAGGAGAGACGCAGGCUGCACCAGAGUAAACGGAAGGGACCGGCCGAGGACCCCGCCCAGCGCGCCGCGCGGCUCAGAGCCUUCCCUUGCAAGAGGUUUAAGGAGGGCGCCUGUGCACGCGGGGACCAGUGCUGCUAUUCCCACAGCCCCCCGAGGACCACGCCUGCAGCUUCUGGGGGUGCCGCCCCCACCCAGUGUCCAGAGGCCCCCAGCCAGGACCCACCUUGCUCCGGGUUCGCCGCAGGGCCCGGUGUAGACUGAGCCAAUAAAGUGACGUCACC